UUAUUGUUUCGGACCAAACAAAACCUCCAAAAACUUCUCUAGAACUCCAAACAAACCGAAUCACACAAGUUAUGGAUCUGUCAAUAACUUCCAAAAACCCUAGUUUUUGUAUCAACAAUGUGCAGCAGCAGCAGCAGAAAGAGAAGAAAGCAGUAGGCAUGAACAAAUUGAGAGAAGCCAUAUUGAAACUGUCAAACAGUGAACCAAAUGGGCCAUUAUCACCCACCCAGAAUUCCAUUCUUCAACAACGCCUUUCCCAUUUCCUUUCUUCUCUUCAUACUACCCCUGAUCAUCCUCCUUAUUCUUGGAUGAUUCAAAGGGCAUUGCAGGAAUUGGAUGAAGAAGGAGGUUCGACUGAAGACUCAAUAUCUAAGUUUAUCAAGAAAGAAUAUGACAAUUUGCCAGUGGCUCAUAUGUUCCUGCUGAAACAUCAUCUACAGAAGCUGUCUGAAAAUGGUGAAAUUCUUAUGAUUGAUGGAGGAGGGCGCUUUUUGCUUGCUGGUGGUGGUGACAAUAGCUUGAAUCCAAAAACAAAAACCAAGAGGAAGUACAAGAAGAGGAAGGGAAGGUGGGGUUGGGAGAUUAAACCAAAGAAGCGGCGGUGCAAGGAAAAGAAGGAGAAAAAGCAUGAUGAUGUAAAAGUUGUUAAAGAAGAGAAGAAGUUGGAUGAGCAACAAAAUGUAGUCAAUCAUGGGCAACAAAAUGGAAUACACUGGGAGUUGAAUGGGCAUCAUAAUGAACCGAACACAGAUAAAGAAGAAGGGCAAUUAAGUGCGAGGCAAAAUGGUGUAGCUGGAAAUAAAGCACUUCCCAAAGGAGGUCUAAUGAUCAGAUUACAUAAACAGAAAGGGAAGCAACAGUUUGAAGGACCACUGCAAUCUUUCGUUUCUAGUGAGAGUGAUGUAGGUAGUAAGGCAGGAUUUGAGCAUUUAGAUGAUUUGAAAUUGCAGCAACAGAAGCUUAGUCUCAGCGGAGUUGAGGAAACAGCUGACAUUUGCAGUUUAUAUCCACUGGAAACUGAACAACCUGAAGAUAACCUGCCUCAAAUAUUAAGUCCUCAAGCACCUCCAGGUUUUGAGUUUAUGGUGGUGGAGGAUGCCACAGCAAAUAACUCUGCAUCAGUUGGUUUGGACUCCACGAAGGAAGAUUAUGUUGAACCUAGAAUUGAUGACUUGUCUGAUGCAUCAAAACAGUCUAAAGAGAGUCUAAAGCAGCAGAGGGAGUAUGAAUACACCAAUGAUGGAUCUAUGUCAUCAGCAACUGUAUUGUCCUUAAACCAGAAUCAACAAACUGAAAGGCUAGAAGAUGAGCUUGUUGCUGAGGAUUUGUUGAAGGCUAAGAAUCAGCAAAAGAAGCACGAUGCUUUGCAGCAAUUGAAGAAUACCAACAAGGCGCAAAGGAAAGGAACAGUAACACAGAAUGCACCACUAGUUUUGACUUUGCAAUGUGAGCAGCGGGAGCAGCAUAUAUCAGACAGAGGCACAAGGCAAGUACAGUUAGCACCGUCAGAACCCAAGCAGCAGCUGUCCGUUCCGAGAAGACUGACAAGAAGUCAGCUAAAAGAAGGGUCCAGAACUCAACUGUUUGCCGCGAAACAGCUAGAGCAAGAGAGGAGCUCAUCAGAACCCAAGCAGCUGCCCAUUCAGAGAAAAAGGACAAGAACUCAGCUAAAAGCGAUCAUAACUCAACCCGCAUCAUCGACAGAUUUGUUUGCCUUGAAACAUCUUGAGCAAGAGAAUUCACCUGAACUUAAGCAGCAGGUAGAUAAGCCUUGUGACCUCAGUAAGAAGACAGGAGCUCUGCUAAAUGAAAUGAUAAUUCCAGAUACUCAGGGGAGUUUGGACAAAAGAGAGGCGCAGCCGACGAUAGAACUGUCAAAGAUGGAAGAAUCUCACGAGAUUGUACUUGCAACGAUUGAACCAUCAUCUGAAAAGAAGCAGCAGCUGGAAGAAGGGACAUCUACCCUGGAGAAGCUCAACGAGGAUGAUGAUUCUACAGGAUUUGAAGCAGUGUCGAUUGAGAUGUCAUCUCAAACUGAUCGUGAACAAAGACAACUGAAGCGCUGGAGCAGAGACCGAUCUGAACCUAAAUCAGUAAGUGCCUCUGAAGUGGAAACAUUGCUAUUCUGUGCCUCAGCAGAUAAACAUUUAGUACAAUUUGAAGAACCUUUGGCAUUGGCAACAAGUGAGGAGGCCUUGAAUUUGACUGAUCCUCAGCAUGAGGUGCUCUUGGAGCAACCAAAACGUCAGCUUCGUCGGAGGCCUCCUAAGUACAAGGAGGAUGAGGCCAAACUAGGUACUAGUACAGUUUCGGUGCUGGCAACAAAUGAGGCGUUGCCUGAUAAAAGAACAAAUGAGGAGGUGUUAUGUUCGAAUGAUUCUCAGCAUGAGGUGCACUUCAAGCAACAAAUACAAAAGCAUCGUGGGAGGAUCCCCAAGGGCAAUGACGGUGGGGCCAAACCAGGUACUACAAUUUUGAAGAAGUUGGGAGCAUCUAAGAAGUCAAAGAAGAAACAAAAUGGUCGAGGUCUAGGAAGGCCUAGGAAGACACAGUAAAGUGAGAAUUGCAGUUUCUUGAUUCUUAAGAUGAUUAAUGGUAUAAAUUGAGAUAGAUCCUAGAAGUUCAAAUGUUAGUGAAUAACAGUAGUUGCUUGUAGUUCUCUUAUAGUAAUGGUAUAAAUUGAGAUAAACCUGGCACUGUACAGUAGAGGUACAAUAUAGUAAUUCAGGCUAAUAGCUUGAGUGACAUACUUAAAAGAAGCUAUAACUUUAUUAAAUUAAUCGCUUGUAGUUCUAUUUUC